GGUGGGUGGUGCUUCUCAGCGACUGGUUGGCAAAAUGAGGGCGCUGCACAAAAACGGAGAAGCCGAGCGCUCGGAGCUCAGAAACUGCUAGCGGAGAUCACAGGUUCUGAGGCUGAGAUAGGAGGGAGGAAGGACUGGAAGGGAGAGAGACAGAUUAGAGGGAAAGAGUCUUGGGAAGGAAACAACAGACAAGAAACUGCUUAUACUAACAGGGAAAUGACGGUGGACAUGAGGACAGAGAAAGACAAGACUAUGAAAGCCAAAAAAUACAAAUAGAGGCAAAAAUGCCAAGAAGAACAUUCAUCCGGAGAAAUGAAGAGAAUGAAAGUUUUAUGCUGCAGAGCCGUUCUGUGCUUUUUCGGCACAAAAUUCUUUCGCUGUUUUUAAGCCCUUUUGCAUUUGCCAGCCGUUGACAUUAAGAGGCAUGUUCAGCGGUUCCAGCAGCAUCUCCUCUUCCUCUUCAUCUUCCUCCUCCUUCUCCUCUUUCUUUUCCUCCUCCUCCCAUCAGCAAGAAGACAAACCGAGGACAGACUUGAAAUACCGAAAUUUCCUCCUUGGGAUUUGCCAGCGCCGCGUUGCGCCAAGACUGUGGGAGUAAAGGACGCUGACUAUUGUAUUAUCAUUAUUUUAUUAAUUGGUCAGUGGGAAGAUUACAGAUGAGGAAAGGGGACGCCUGUCACCCUUCCUGCGCUAAGAUUGAAAAAUGAGGUUGGAUUAGGGGAAGCCCUAAAAUGAAGCAAAAGGAAUAAGAUUUUUAAAGACAGAAAGCCACAGGAACCCCCCCCCCCCCCCCACGUAGCGCACUUUUAUUUGUUUUUUGUUUUUUUUUUGAGAUUUUUUUUUCGUGGUGGUGGGGGAGGUGAUUGGGUGGCUGACUGGCUGCGGGAAGCUGCUUCCUUUCCCUUUGGAGAUGAUUGUGCUAUUAUUCUUUGCCUUGCUCUGGAUGGUGGAGGGAGUAUUUUCCCAGCUUCACUACACGGUGCAGGAGGAGCAGGAACAUGGCACUUUCGUGGGGAAUAUCGCUGAAGAUCUGGGCUUGGACAUUACAAAACUUUCAGCUCGGAGGUUUCAGACAGUGCCCAACUCAAGGACCCCUUACUUGGACCUCAACCUGGAGACCGGGGUGCUGUACGUGAACGAAAAGAUCGACCGCGAGCAAAUUUGCAAGCAGAGCCCCUCCUGCGUCCUGCACCUAGAGGUCUUCCUGGAGAACCCCCUGGAACUGUUCCGGGUGGAGAUUGAGGUCUUAGACAUCAAUGACAACCCCCCCUCCUUCCCAGAGCCGGACUUGACGGUGGAGAUAUCCGAAAGCGCCACGCCAGGCACCCGCUUCCCUUUGGAGAGCGCAUUCGACCCAGACGUGGGCACCAACUCCCUGCGCGACUACGAGAUCACCCCCAACAGCUACUUCUCCCUGGACGUGCAGACCCAGGGGGAUGGCAACCGAUUCGCCGAGUUGGUGCUGGAGAAGCCUUUGGACCGAGAGCAGCAAGCGGUGCACCGCUACGUGCUGACCGCGGUGGACGGGGGAGGAGGAGGAGAAGGAGGCGGCGGCGGCGGCGGGGGAGGGGGCCUGCCCCCCCAGCAGCAGCGCACCGGCACAGCCCUACUCACCAUCCGAGUGCUAGACUCCAACGACAACGUGCCCGCCUUCGACCAACCCGUCUACACUGUGUCCCUACCAGAAAAUUCGCCCCCGGGCACGCUCGUGAUCCAGCUCAACGCCACGGACCCAGACGAGGGCCAAAACGGCGAGGUUGUGUACUCUUUUAGCAGCCACAUCUCGCCCCGGGCGCGGGAGCUCUUCGGACUCUCUCCGCGCACCGGCCGGCUGGAGGUGAGCGGCGAGCUGGACUAUGAAGAGAGCCCGGUGUACCAAGUGUACGUGCAAGCCAAAGACCUGGGCCCCAACGCCGUGCCCGCGCACUGCAAGGUGCUAGUGCGAGUGCUAGAUGCUAACGACAACGCGCCGGAGAUCAGUUUCAGCACCGUGAAGGAGGCAGUGAGCGAGGGCGCCGCGCCCGGCACAGUGGUGGCCCUGUUUAGCGUGACAGACCGCGACUCCGAGGAGAAUGGGCAGGUGCAGUGUGAGCUGCUGGGGGACGUGCCGUUCCGCCUCAAGUCUUCCUUCAAGAACUACUACACUAUCGUGACUGAGGCCCCCCUGGACCGAGAGGCGGGUGACUCCUACACCCUAACCGUGGUGGCCCGGGACCGGGGCGAGCCGGCGCUCUCCACUAGUAAGUCGAUUCAGGUGCAAGUGUCAGAUGUGAACGACAAUGCGCCACGCUUCAGCCAGCCUGUCUACGACGUGUAUGUGACCGAGAACAACGUGCCAGGAGCCUACAUUUACGCGGUGAGCGCCACGGACCGCGAUGAGGGUGCCAACGCCCAGAUAGCCUACUCCAUCCUCGAGUGCCAAAUCCAGGGCAUGAGCGUCUUCACCUACGUGUCCAUCAACUCCGAGAACGGCUACUUGUACGCCCUGCGCUCCUUCGAUUAUGAGCAGCUCAAGGACUUCAGCUUUCAGGUGGAAGCGAGGGACGCCGGCAGCCCCCAGGCGCUGGCGGGCAACGCCACGGUCAACAUCCUCAUCGUGGAUCAGAACGAUAAUGCUCCUGCCAUCGUGGCGCCCCUCCCAGGGCGCAACGGGACUCCAGCGCGCGAGGUGCUGCCCCGCUCGGCGGAGCCGGGUUACCUACUCACCCGCGUGGCCGCGGUGGACGCGGAUGACGGCGAGAACGCCCGACUCACCUACAGCAUCGUGCGAGGCAACGAAAUGAACCUCUUCCGCAUGGACUGGCGCACCGGGGAGCUCCGCACAGCGCGCCGGGUGCCAGCCAAGCGCGACCCCCAGCGGCCUUACGAGCUGGUGAUCGAGGUGCGCGACCACGGGCAGCCGCCCCUGUCCUCCACAGCCACUCUGGUGGUGCAGCUGGUGGAUGGCGCCGUGGAACCCCCGGGAGGGGGUGGGAGCGGUGGUGGGGGGUCGGGGGAGCAUCAACGCCCCAGCCGCUCUGGUGGCGGGGAGACCUCACUGGACCUCACCCUCAUCCUCAUUAUCGCACUGGGCUCAGUGUCCUUCAUCUUCCUGCUGGCGAUGAUCGUGCUGGCCGUGCGUUGCCAAAAGGAGAAAAAGCUCAACAUCUACACGUGUCUGGCCAGCGAUUGCUGCCUCUGCUGCUGCUGCUGCGGCGGUGGGGGCUCGACCUGCUGCGGCCGCCAAGCCCGGGCGCGCAAGAAGAAACUCAGUAAGUCCGACAUCAUGCUGGUACAGAGCUCAAACGUACCCAGUAACCCGGCCCAGGUGCCUGUAGAGGAGUCCGGGGGCUUUGGCUCCCACCACCACAACCAGAAUUACUGCUACCAGGUCUGCCUGACCCCAGAGUCCGCCAAGACCGAUCUGAUGUUCCUUAAGCCCUGCAGCCCCUCUCGGAGUACGGACACUGAGCACAACCCCUGCGGGGCCAUAGUCACCGGCUACACCGACCAGCAGCCCGACAUCAUCUCCAAUGGAAGCAUUUUGUCCAACGAGACUAAACACCAGCGAGCAGAGCUCAGCUAUCUAGUUGACAGACCUCGGCGAGUUAACAGUUCUGCAUUCCAGGAAGCUGACAUAGUAAGCUCUAAGGACAGUGGUCAUGGAGACAGUGAGCAGGGAGAUAGUGAUCAUGAUGCCACCAACCGCGGCCAGUCAGCUGGUAUGGAUCUCUUCUCCAACUGCACUGAGGAAUGUAAGGCUCUAGGCCACUCAGAUCGGUGCUGGAUGCCUUCUUUUGUCCCUUCUGAUGGACGUCAGGCUGCUGAUUACCGCAGUAAUCUGCAUGUUCCCGGCAUGGACUCUGUUCCAGACACUGAGGUGUUUGAAACUCCAGAAGCCCAGCCUGGGGCAGAGAGGUCUUUCUCCACCUUUGGCAAAGAGAAGGCCCUUCACAGCACUCUGGAGAGGAAAGAUCUGGAUGGACUGCUGUCUAAUACACGAGCGCCUUACAAACCACCAUAUUUGACGCGGAAAAGGAUAUGCUAGUCAAUUCUACAGUACUUACCCGAAGCAGCAUGAUUUGCACAAAGUCGACCAACAAAAGCAUCAACUUUUCAACUUCAUUAUCUUGGCCAUCCAGUUAGUUCUGUGCAGCCGAGUAUUAGAUUGCUGGCGGAGCCAUCGUGGCCAAUUUUAGGACCUAAUUGCUCUCAGCAGGCCUGAGAAAUGAGUUGGAAUGUGCAGAACUGUAGAAACUUUAGAGGCAACUGACCUUGCCUCUCUGAUCAGUGUGUGCCUGUUUACAGCACUAUAUAUCUUUCUCUUUCCAAAUGUCACUGAGCCCUUUAGAUGUUUAUAUUCACCACGAGAAGCCAGUCAUAAAGAUAAAGGAAAUUUGUGCAUUAUAAAUGCAAUAUCACUGUUUUAAACUUGACUGUUUUAUAUUAUUUUUGUGUGAUCAAGUUUUCCCCAAACUAUUCCAACUUUACAAGAGAGAUUGUGAUUAUGUUCUUUUCACCUGUGGGUUAUAAAAAUUGUUGUAUUCUGAAGACCUACAAAAAUAUCAAAGACAUUCUGUAGUUUAUACACCGUGUUGCAAAGUGUUUACUGUACUAUUUCAAAGCUUCUAAAUAAAUAUAAAAUAUAUAUAUUAUAUUAUAUAAUUUUCCUAAAAUGUGGUACAACUUAGUUGGUUUUUAAAUGGAUUCAUACAGUCCACAUCAUACAAUAAAGUAAAAGGUAAUUCAGGGUCCCAAAGAUAAACUUACUGAGAAAAAAAAAAAUCAUUAAUAGUUUCCUUCCAGCUUUCAUAUCCUAGUCAACCCUGUUUUUCCUUGUUUAAAAGCAAAUGACGCUCUAAGCUACAAAAUUUUGUCAAGAACUCCUACUGAAUUUUCAAUGCCAAAGAUGUAGCUGUCGAUGUUAUCAGAAUGAGCACUAAACAUGUAAUAUCAAAAUAUCUUACAAUCUACAUUAUUUCGAUUCUAUUUCUAUGGCUUUGAAUUUAGAUUCACUUAAAACUUUUAUAAAGAAUCUAUAAACUCACCUGUAUAUGUUGUUAGAAAACAAAAAACAAAAAAAGAACACUGGGUGUUUGUGCAUUUUGUGGUGUAAAGUAUGUAAUUGAAGUUUACUAUUUUAAAAAGUCCUCAAUCAUAUAACUCACACAAAAUUUUAUUUUACAUAGUUUUACAUAGUUUUGUGCCUCUUAAUUACACAUGAAUAUAAAAUCUAUUUAUAACUCUAUAUGAAUAUAUAGAGAUAUAUAAAUAUUUGAACUGAUAAAGAAAAACUAUGAGAUAUAAAGGAUCCCUAAAUUUAAAAUAAAUUAAUUAAAUUUGAAGAUAGAAACAUGGUACACUAUUGUUUCAGUAUUAUCUGAUGUGUGAACAUUAAUAGCUUAAAUGUAGUCAGUGUUUUAUUAAUGAGAAAAGUCUUCAUGAGUCUCAGCCUUGAAAAGUAAAGAUUUCCUUUUAUUUUUAUGUCGACAGAUUAUUAAAUUCAGUGAGAUGCAUUUUCUUUUCUUUUAUAUAUUUUUCUUUUUCUUUUUUUUAACUGUUGAUUGCUUGUUGAAACACCAGUAAGAGAGAGAAAGAUCAGAGAAUGUAAGACAGUUUUCCAAGCAAAGAACAAAAUCAUCACAGCUCCCCUUUAAAAAGCCUUCAACAUUACAUCUAAAUGUUUGUCCAGCCUAAAUUACCGGCCUAUUUUGAAAUGUUUCUCUAAGUUUAAUUGAUUUAUUAUGUUCAAUGAUUGAUUGAACUGUGCUAUGUUAUUGAAGAAUAGACUAAAAUGUAAUACUUAAAAAAUGCUUCCAUCUAAUUUUAUGUAAUUUAAGUAAGAUUUUACUUUAGUUGUAACAUUAAAAUGCAUUCGUAUGUUCAGAAGUCUUUGAUGUAUACAUAUGAGUGAUAUCUUUGCAUCACUCAUUAGAUCGUUAUCAAAUUAGAUGUUAAUAUGUCAUACUCCCGAUCAGCUUAGAUGUAAAAAUAAUAUGUGUAAUGUUCCAGGCUUAUGGGCUUCUUAAAAAAUAUAUAAAAUUAAUUGAUCAUAUAUAAUACAAAAAGCACAUACGUUCCCUAAGUGCAUUUUAUCAAAUUUUUGACAUUUCUACAUUAAUAUUUUGAAUAAUAGACUAUUUUAUUAAGAAAAUGUUUCUAUAUAAUUUAAUUGGAAAAUAGUUUGUUGUAAUUGCUUUUUAAACAAGAAAGUGAUUUUCUUGUUGAAUCAGUCUGCUUUAAUUAAAACCUUUCAUGCAUUGUGUUACAAUCAUGGGGAAAAAUAUGCAUUCAUCUUUCUUAUUACAUACCAUUGAAAAUAAGGUUAUACCUACUUUACAUAUAAUAUAAUGACUAUAUUAAUUAAUUUGAUUUAAAUAAAUUUUCUUAAUUAUGUAGCCCUUCAUAUUAUUGUAUGUAAUCUCCCUUAAAGCACCUUCUUAUACCAUAUGUUUGUGUAUUAGUUACUUUUUAAUAUAGCAGCUAGUUAUACUAAUUUGCAUUUUAGGGCUCAAAUUAUAUCUAUUACACACAAAAUCAAACUUUUACCAAAUUUCUGGGACAAAUAACAUUAUUUAAACAUAAAAUAAUAAAUGAUUAGGUCAUUAAUCAACUUUCUAUUGAAUCAAAAAUAAAUCAGAAGUUACAACAAAGUAAGGAUGAUUUGAGUAAAUUGACUAAAAUGUCAUUUGCAAAUGAAGGGGACUCUGAAAUGGAUAAACACAAUCAACAAAGACUGAAGGUUUACAAAUAAACAUUUACUGGAUUAGUAUGUCGAGGACUUUCAGAGUAGGCUUUCUAUUUAAUCUGGUCAUCCUAAUAUCCAAUCUCCCAUAAAUUCUAUACACAUCAAUGAAUAAUAAUAUCCAGCUUGUUAGACAGUCUUUCAUUAUUUCAGACAAGACUAAUCAUGAGACCUACUCCUUGUUAACAUGGUCAGUUUUAAAGCAGUAAGAAGUCAACAAAUUUUCCUGUGGAAACAAUGUCAUAAUGUUUCAAAGGUAUGUCAAAUGACAAUUUUUAGAAAUAUUUCAUCCACAUAUACCAUUCUAAUUUUUAACUUGUGAACACAGUUUUGUGAAAUAAUUUAAAAUCAAAUAUUUAAACAUCACAUUAGAAUUACUUUACAGGUACAAUAGUGUCAACAAUAGAAAUGUUUCAUCUUUCUUGGGAAAUAUUAAGGAAUAUGUUUAUUUCAUUUAAUGAAGAUAUUAAAUGCAAUGCCUUUAUCAAACAUUGCAAAUUAAGUACUAUAGUAGAAGAUCUAAAUAUUUUAAUUACUCACUCUCCUGUUUCAUUUCAUAAUAGUUUAAUAAUGUGCAGUCAGAUGUUCUGUAAUGUAAAAACCCUCCUGCUUCUCCAGUAAGGAGGAGGACAAAAAAAUCCUUGCAAUUUUCUAUGUAAACUUUAAUAACUGCGCAUUAGUUGUACUAUUUUACCUUCCAAAAAUUAGGAACUGGAGUUAAAUUAAUCUUUAAUGUAAUGAUUCAGUUAGAAUGUGGCCAAUGUUAAGUAGGACAAAGAAAAUCAUUCCUGUUGUUGACUGAUAAUAAGCAGUGUUACACUUCAUUGCGUGUGUGUUUCUUUCUCCCCCUCUCAUAUUUCUAUGUGUGCUUUUAAUACCCGAGGAACUCAAAAAUACUUAAAACAUUGAUACACUUGAUGAUUUUUCUGAAAAUCUUAUAUUUUUCAUAUUGUAAUUUCUUGGGUUCUUUAACUUUUUCAAUUCUAAUUUUGUAGUGGUAAAGGCUUUGCACUUAACAUCCUUUUUAUUUUCCUUUUUAACAAGGAAAAACAGAAAAUGACAAAAUUCCAUAUUUUUUACACCAUGGAGUAGUAAAAUUAUUUUAUAUAUUGUUAGUACUUCAAGGACUAACCCUCUGCUAAGUCAAACAAAAUCCUUAUAUAGUAAUUUGUGAAACUGUUCAGUAGAGUAUUUUUUCCUUCUCAAACUUGGCAUAGGUUUUAGAUUAUAGCAUUCUAUUAGAAUGCGAGUAGAUGGGUGCCGCCAGAGUAUUGCAGGCAAUAAUAUGACAAAAAUUCUAAUACUUUCAGUGUGCAUGCAUGUAUUUCUAACCACUGUUAUUUUUUAAGUAUUUGUAAAAAUUAGAAAAAAUGACUUAUUUCUUGAAAACUUGUCACAUUCUUAGUUUGAAGUUUUACACUCCAGGUGUUUUUGAGGUGUGUGAAAAUAUUGCAUUGAUGAUGCAAAAUAUAUUAAAUUUUCACAGGCGGCUCAAAAACUUCUGUAUGAUAGAACUCAGACUUCCAGUACAUCCUUACAGCUUUGAGCUGAAAGUAAGCAGGGAAUUUCAGCUCUAAACACACUUUUUUUUGAGACAGUUUAUCUGUGAGUGAAAACAGGGUAUUAUAACAAAAGAUGAGUUUCAAUUUUAACUAUAGUGUUUGUUACUGUGAAUGCUAUAAUAAUACAUAAGUAAAAUGAGUGUAAAUGUAAUAUAUUAUUUUAUAUUGCUGUAUACAUAUGAAAUAAAUAAAAGUAGGAUACACAUUA